ACCCGGGGCGGGACUGACCCUGCCGGCCCCGCCCCCGCCUCCGCCAUUCGUCCAUUCGUCGCUGCUCGUUUCCAGUCGGGAGGCCACAGACAGCGAGUGUCAGGACACAGACUAGCUGCCUUGCCAGCGCUCCAGGCCCCGCCAUGCUUGUCCUCCGACACAGCCUGACUAAGGCGCUAGCUGCGCGGACACUGGCGCCUCAGGUGUGCUCAUCUUUUGCCACAGGCCCCAGACAAAAAGAUGGAACAUUUUAUGAAUUUCGUACUUAUUCUCUAAAGCCCUCAAAGAUGAAUGAAUUCCUGGAAAAUUUUAAGAAAAAUGUUCAUCUUCGGACAGCUCACUCUGAAUUGGUUGGCUAUUGGCGUGUUGAAUUUGGUGGUAGAAUGAAUAAAGUGUUUCAUAUUUGGAAGUAUGAUAAUUUUGCUCAUCGAACUGAAGUUCGGAAAGCUUUGGCCAAAGAUAAGGAAUGGCAAGAACAAUUCCUCAUUCCAAAUUUGCCUCUUGUGGAUAAACAAGAGAGUGAAAUUACUUACCUGGUACCAUGGUGCAAACUAGAAAAGCCUCCAAAAGAAGGAGUCUAUGAACUGGCUACUUUUCAGAUGAAACCAGGUGGCCCAGCUCUGUGGGGUGAUGCAUUUAAAAGGGCAGUCAAUGCCCAUGUUGCUCUAGGAUACACAAAAUUAGUAGGUGUUUUCCACACAGAAUAUGGAGCACUCAACAGAGUUCAUGUUCUUUGGUGGAAUGAAACUAUGGAUAGCCGUGCUGCUGGGAGACAUCUGUCUCAUGAGGAUCCCAGAGUUGUGGCGGCUGUUCGGGAAAGUGUCAACUAUCUAGUGUCUCAGCAGAAUAUGCUUCUGAUUCCUGCAUCAUUUUCACCAUUGAAAUAGUUUGCUUCCAAAAUAUCAACAGCUUCACUAACUGGUGUAUGAUGUGUCUGUUAAUGGUGCUUAAGUUCUCCCAAGAGUUCCUCACUUGUAUUUGCAGACAGUGGUAAGUUAACUCACUGUAGUUCUUGCAUUUUUGAAAGCCACUUCUGUCCUUUGUCACCACCACUUCAGGAAAUAGUUCUGCUCAUUUCCCCAAUGGCAUUUCAGUACCUAUUAUACCUUAGAAAUGGCUGUCACCCACUUUGUGAUCUUGUGUUUUCUUAUUUGUUUCAGAAUGUCUCUCCUUGUGUAUUUUGAUAACCGUUUGCUUUAUAUUGUGUUCUUACAAUAUUCAAAUAAUGAUUUUCUAUUUCCCUGCCUGACAAUAUUUUUAUAGUAAUCAUAUAUAAUAUCUACAUUUUCAUUGUAUCUGUUUUUUCUAAGAUUUAAAAAAUUUUUCCCAGUAAUGUUUAUUUUGCAGCAUCAAACGGAAUUCAUAAAAAUAAUAGAUCAAGUAUAUUUCUUUACUUUGGAAAAGUAAAUUAUUAUCUAUUCAUUGUGGUUUUCAUAUAAUGUAACCAGGAAAAUAAUGUAAUUACGUCAUGCCAUUAAAAAAAUAAAGAAUACUUGGUUUAUGUGCUGAAA